UAGAGCGUCUCGCAUUGCGCAAGCGCAAAGUUGGACAAGAAGUUCUUUUAAAAAGAGGAACAUUUGUCGAAGCACUCUCACCCGUAUACCGCAAGCGGACCGAGCAUUAGCCAGGAGCGGAAGGAGUCAUUUGAAGAUCAAACUUUGCUAACAGGAGUUCUGAUUUAAGGAGCACUUCCCUUGCGGGUCCUGACUGAUUACAGGCAAAAAUACUUACUUUGCUGCUCAACGGCACAGGAAGGAUUACAUGAAAACUUCUACAACUCCUGGGGAAAUUGUUGUUGGUUUCAUUGUAUGUCCUGAGAAGAGUUCCAUGUAAAGUGUUAUCUGAGCUCGCUUAAAGACGGCAUGACAAGCAGCCUGCUUCAAGUGGAGAUUCUGAUUUCGGGUGUCAUUCCGCAUGACGUAAUUUCUCACAGGAUAUACAUUUGAUCAAAACAAUAUCAAACAACUUAAUAGUAGAGUUUUUGGCAUCUCAACAUGGUUCAUUUUUUUAACAAAAGUUUAUGCGGUUCAGAAUCAUGUAAUUAUUUGGAAAACACAUUUUGAAAACAUUUUGGUGGCACGCAUGUUGAUCCAUUGAGUUACAAGGUGGAAUUAUUUUUCCAAAUGAAAUUUGCACAUAUUAAUUUUUUUUACAUUUUCUUCCUUCUUGGUCUUUGUUCCAUUACAUCAAUUCGCCUUAACAUUCAAGUAACGCGGCAUACACGCAUGGAGAGAAUUUUUUUAAUUGCUUAACUAGCCAGUCUCGUGUGUCUCUCGUUGGAAUGCGAGGGGGAAAUUCCCAAAUGUCUGCUACCGUGAUUAUGAUACUGCUCUACACGAUUAUCAGCGUGAAGGCCAGUGGGGAGUACUGUCAUGGUUGGCAUGACACACAAGGCUCCUGGAGAGAGGGCUUUCAGUGUCCGGAGCGCUUUGACAGCGACGAUGCCAUCAUCUGCUGUGGACAGUGCGAGCUUCGUUAUUGCUGCUCGAGCAGCGACGCCCGCUUGGAUCAGGGGACUUGUGAGAACGACAAUCAGAUCCGCGAGCCAGGCACAGGCAACGGCAACAAGGAAAACAAAGGCGACGGUGCAGUGCCUAUAUAUGUGCCUUUCCUGGUCGUAGGCGCUGUGUUUGUCUGUUUUGUGCUGUUGGGCUCUGUGGUGGCCGUGUGCUGCUGCCGCUGUCUCCGCCCCAAGCAAGAGCAAUCCCCAGUUGGGGGUGCGGCUGGGGGCGCGGCUGGGGGUGAGUCCAGAGCCGAGGCAGGGGGUCUGCUCGAGGCCAUCCCCAUGAUGGCGAGUGCUGGGGUGUCCUGCGGCUCGUCCUCACAGCAGUCCAGCAAGUUCACCAGCUCCAGCUCCUCCGGCCAGUCCUCAGUCCAGCCCCCGCCUCUCCUGCGCACACAGGCAGGGUGCUACCUGUCCCACGAUGCCGGCGUCUACUUCAACAUGCCGGCCAGUUUCUCUGUGCUUAGCCGCCAGCAGGCCACGCAGCUCCUGCACCCCCAGUAUAUUGGGUACACUAUACCGCAUGAGGCAAUCGCCCCCAGCCCUGCCCCCUUCCUCUACCACUCACAAGGCAGCUACCGGCCACUCCAGGCCCCUUUCCUACCCCCCGCCAGCACGGCCAGUGAACCCAAGCACCCCCUAUAACUAUGUGACCCUCCCACCACCUUGGAUUGACACUGGACCGGAGGAGCACUUGUUGGAUAUUCUGGUUUGAUGGAUCCUACACAGUGUUGGAAGAUCACAGGUGCGACAAGACACCCACCUGUCACCCACUCCUCAUUGGGGGUCCCAGACUUUACACAGCAUAUAGGUCCUAUGCCUGUAUAUACUUAUACCUGUACACUGUACAAUACAUAACAAUAACACUACAUGGCCAAAAGUAUGUGGACACCUGACAUUGAACAUCUCGUUCAAAAUUAUGAGCAUGAAUAUGGAGUUGGUCCAUAUUUUUCUGCUAUAACAGCCUGCACUCUUCUGGGAAGGCUUUAUGCUAGAUGUUGGAGCAUUGC